AUGGUCUCGUCUGCUUGGUACACUGGGUGGCACGCUCAGGAUUUCACGCUUGAUGAUGUGCCUUGGAACAAGUACACACAUUUAACGUAUGCUUUCAGAGAAACCACACAAGAUCCUUCAAAUAUCACCCUCCCUGAACCCGGUGCUCGACUCCUUCCUCAAUUUGUCGCCAAGGCGCACGAAAACGGCGUAAAGGCAUUUCUGUCGCUAGGUGGCUGGACCGGAUCGCAAUACUUCUCAACUAACGUUGGCAAUGAGAAGAACCGCACGAAAUUUGUCAAUGCCAUAAAUGAACUCGUGUCCUUGUAUCAUCUUGAUGGUAUCGACUUUGACUGGGAAUCUCCUGGACAUCAGGGCAUCGGAUGCAACACAAUCUCACCAAACGAUACUGCCAAUUUUCUGUCACUCCUACAAGAACUUCGUAGAACGCCGACUGGCUCCUCUAUCACGAUAUCUGCUGCAGUCGGUCUCACACCAUUCGCUGACGAAACGGGACAGCCCUCCACCAACGUUACUGGCUUCGCCAAAGUCAUAGAUUAUAUCGAAAUCAUGAACUAUGAUGUCUGGGGUAGUUGGAGUACCAGCGUCGGCCCGAAUGCACCGCUUAACGACACCUGCGCGAGUGCGGAACACCAGCAAGGCAGCGCUGUCUCAGCAGUUGCGGCAUGGACUGCCGCGGGCAUGCCACCGAAUCAAAUCGUACUCGGAGUUGCUUCCUAUGGCCACUCAUUUGCCGUCAACGCAUCCUCUGCGUUCAACGGCACCAACUCCAAGACGGAACUCGCUCCUUACCCAGCAUUUAACGCAUCCGAAUUUCCUGUCGGCGAUGCAUGGGAUGACCAGCCAAGUAUUGACAUUUGCGGCGUUUUCGAACAACAAGGCGGCGAGCAGGACUUUUGGAAUCUAGUAGACUCGGGGAUGCUUCUUCCAAAUGGCACACCCGCUCCUAACACCCCCUAUCGCUUCGACGAUUGUAGUCAGACCGAUUACGUUUACAACACGACUGCGAGUGUGAUGAUCAGCUACGAUGGACCUAGAGCAUUCGCUGCGAAGGGCGAGUUUAUUAAGAACGUGGGCUUGCGAGGAUUUGCAAUGUGGGAGGCUGGUGGUGAUAAGAAUAACACACUGCUCAAUGCUAUUCGAGCUAGCGCUGGAUUUGACAACUAUAUUAUUUGA